UUUGGUACACGACGCUGUUCCCGCUGUCUGGCAUCGAUUGGGGCCUCCGAACUGGUGAUGAGGGCGAGAAAUUUAGUAUUUCAUGUGACCUGUUUUUGUUGUGUGGUCUGUCAAAGUCCCCUGACAAAAGGUGAUCAAUAUGGGAUCAUAGAUGCGCUCAUCUAUUGUAGAACCCACUACACAAUGGCCCGUGAAGGUGAUACGGCCUCAACCAGCCUCGGUCCGGCUGUUGUGCCCGGCGUGGGCGGUGCCAGCUCCUACCCGUAUACAAGUCAAUUUGGUUCACCACCGAAUGAUUCGUCGAGUCCCCACUCGGAUCCGACCCGUAUUGUUCCUAGUAGUAUAUUUGCCUCCGCCUCUCACGUGAUGACCGGUCUUCCACAGCCGCCACGGCAAAAGGGUCGACCCCGCAAACGUAAGCCCAAAGAUAUUGAAGCCCUCACUGCCAACAUAGGUAUGCAAUAUUUAAACACUGAGUAUUUGGAUUUUGGUCGGGGUUCGCAUAUGAGUGCAUCGUCGCGUACGAAGCGAAUGCGUACCUCGUUCAAGCAUCAUCAGCUGAGGACGAUGAAAUCGUAUUUUGCCAUUAAUCACAAUCCGGAUGCGAAGGAUUUGAAGCAGUUGUCGCAGAAGACGGGUUUGCCAAAGAGAGUAUUACAGGUGUGGUUCCAAAAUGCCCGUGCCAAAUGGCGUCGCAUGAUGAUGAAACAGGAUGGUUCAGGUAUGCUGGAGAAAGGUGAUGGCACCCUGGAUUUGGACAGCAUAUCUGUGCACAGUCCCACCUCAUUUAUGAUGGGAGGUGGCCAGAGUCCCAAUCCGCAUGGCAUGGAUUAGUAUACGUAGUAGUUGUUUGUACUCUCUGGAUUCUGUGACCUCACCACCUCAAUGAGUAUUAUGGAACUGUGUCAAAAUCAAAAGAGCACGGACA